AUAGAUAAAACCUAAUCCGAAUCCCUUCAAGUGCUUACAGUUGAUAGUUAAGAGGCUGCGUUUAAAAAGACAGACUCUACUUUUUUGCCAGUAGUAAAACGACAUUUGUCGUUUCCGCUCGUGAACAUGGCGUCUUCUAUAACAAUACUUGCUGCCAUCCUAGUCCUGAGUCAUACAUGCCAGGCGUACACAAAAUUCCCUGAUGGGUUUACUUUCGGUGUGGCAACGGCUGCGCAUCAGAUAGAAGGUGCUUGGGACGUCAACGGUAAAUCCGAAAACGUGUGGGACCACCUCACCCACACUAAACCAUGGAUGGUAGCGGACUUCACGAAUGGGGACAUUGCGUGCGACUCCUACAACAGGUACCAGGAGGACGUGGACGAGCUGGACUACCUGGGCGUGGACUUCUACCGGUUCUCCCUGUCUUGGUCCCGCAUCCUGCCCACCGGCCGCAUCGACCAAAUCAACCCGGAUGGCAUCAGAUACUACAAUGAUUUGCUGGACGCUUUGGCGGCGAAGAAUAUUGAGCCGUUGGUAACUCUUUUCCACUGGGACCUCCCGCAAUCUCUCCAAGACCUGGGCGGCUGGGCCAACCCCAAAAUGGUCGACUACUUCCGCGGCUACGCCGACGUGUGCUUCCGGGAGUUUGGGGACAAGAUCAAGUCUUGGAUCACCUUCAACGAACCCUACGAGAUCUGCGAGGACGCAUACGGUGAUGAGAAGAAAGCCCCAGCGAUUGACAGUCAUGGUGUUGGCAACUAUCUGUGCAGCGACACCCUGUUGAAGGCCCAUGCUGAGGCCUACCACCUUUACGACGAGACGUACAGACCGACACAGAAUGGAAAGAUUAUGAUCUCAAUCAACUCUAUCUGGUACGAGCCGAAAGAUCCUGAGAACGCCCAACAAGUCACUCUGGCUGAAACCGCCAACCAGUUCAAAUUUGGCUGGUUUGCCCACCCCAUAUUCACCGACAAAGGAGGGUACCCUGAAGUGAUGGUCGCGAACGUGGCAGCCCAGAGUGAAGGCGAAGGCCUAGCCAGGUCCCGUCUGGAGCAGUUCGACGACUAUUGGAUCGAGAGAAUCAAGGGGACAUCCGACUUUCUGGGCAUCAACCAUUACACCACCUUCCUAGUGACCGGCCCAGGAGUAGACCCGACUGCCAAGUCUCCCUCGUGGUUGAAGGAUAUCGGUGCAGUCACAACCAUGGAAGUCGGUGGGGACUCAGCUUCAGAGUGGCUUAGGGUGGUACCGUCCGGUUUCGCUAAUUUGUUGAGAUGGUGCAAGAAAUCUUACAACGAUCCCCUGAUUUAUAUUACUGAAAACGGAUUCUCUGAUCGAGGUACACUGGAAGAUUACGGAAGAAUUUCUUACUAUAAUGACUACUUGUCUGCGAUACUGGAUGUGAUUAACGAUGACGACGUGAAGGUGCUGGGCUACACGGCUUGGACUUUGAUGGACAAUUUCGAAUGGCGUGCUGGAUUUUCGGAACGCUUCGGCUUUUACUACGUGAACAUAACUGAUCCGGCCAGGCCGAGGACACCUAAACUAUCAGCGGAGUACUACAAGCAGCUGAUAGCUAACCGAGAGCUACCUCAAGAUGACAAAUUCAAGGCUCCCUCUAUAUAACAGAAAACGGAAUUAUAAAAUACAUAUAUGCUACAAAAAUGUAGUAUUGGAAAUUAUGGAUCUGAAGGUAAAUUAAA